UUCUUCGCUUUACUUGACCACGGGUGUGUGUAAUUAGCUAUUUUACUAAUAUUACGUUUUAAAGCUAUUUUCCCUAAUUUUUGCUGUUACCAAUUGAGUUCCGUCCAUGUAUAACUCCAAAACUAUUUACUAAAUCUUUAAUGAAAUCAACCUGAAAAGAGGGGCUAACGUAAUGUUGACGUCGGUACUCAUACUCAUCUUUGUGGCGUGUGGUAUAUUCGAGUGGUGGCGAAGAAACAGCAAUAAAGACGAGCCACCAGCUUUAAAUGGAGCUUUACCACUUCUUGGUCACGCUCAUCUACUGGUUGGAGAUUGCAAGCAAUUAUGGAUUUUUUUGAAGGAGCUCGCUUAUGAAUGCUUGGAGGAAGGUGGAGUUGUGUCGGCUUUUAUCGGACCCAAAACAGUUUACUUUGUAUCAGACCCCGACGACUUUAUGAAAAUCGCUGACACAUGUUAUGAAAAAGUAAAGUAUUACAAAUUCGCUAAACCUUGGCUCGGCGAUGGAUUAGUAACGAGUACCAUGCCUAUAUGGAAAAAAAAUCGCAGCUUAUUGGAUUCAGCAUUCAAUCAGACCGUUACAGACGGAUUUCUGGACGUUUUCAAUGGACAGGCUCGCCGGUUGGUCGAGGAGUUGGCGGUGGAAGCUGGGAAGGGACCGUUCGACCAUUUGGUUUAUAUUCGGAAAAAUGCUAUGGAAACUACAUGUUUAACUGUUUUGGGAGAGGAGUUCAGUGACAAAAGCGUAGUUAACAGCACCUACGUAGGAGCAAUGGACCAGAUGCUCGACAUCCUUGUUCAAAGAUUCCAGAAGCCCUGGUUCCACUGCGACUUCAUGUACCGCUGGUCUUCGUUGAAGAGGAAGGAGGAUGGAUGUCUGAAGAUCUUGCAAGAUGCUUCAAACGCUGUUCUGAAAAAGAGGAAAGCAGAUUACUUGAGAAAUAGAAGAAACAAGAAAACUGAAGAGGAAACAAAUGGUCCAAAAUAUAAGCCCUUCGUGGACCUUAUCCUAGAACUGGCAAUAGAGGAAGGUGCCUUCACCGACCAAGAGAUCAGGGAGCAUAUUGAUACCAUGAUGUUUGGUGCCCACGAUACAGUCACCAGUAUGGUAAUGUGCACGAUGCUGCUGGUUGGAUCCCAUCCUGAUGUUCAGGAGAAAAUCUUUGAAGAGUUGCACGCCGUUUUCGGUGACGAGGACAGGGACGUCACGAAGCAAGAUCUGUCACAGCUGGUGUACCUGGAGGCUGUGCUGAAGGAAACCAUGCGCAUUUACCCCAUAGUGCCUGUCAUUACCAGACAUCUAGAUCAAGAUGUCAAGUUAAAAAACUGCACCCUGAAGAAAGGUAGAACGUGCUUAUUGUUCAUCUUUGGAGUCUAUAGACACGCCAUGUGGGGGUUCGAUGCUGACAAAUUCAAGCCAGAACGUUGGCUGGACCCUGCAUCAAUGCCUGAAUGUCCUGCCACACUUGCUGGCUUUGGCAUGGGAAAGAGGAGUUGUAUAGGAAAAUCACAUGCUUCAAUGUCAAUGAAGAUCACCCUGGCCCACGUAUUCCGACGGUACAGGGUGUUCGGAAAUCACUCGACAAUGGCGUCUAAGGUCGACGUUAUGCUGCGGACAAUAUCGGGACACCAUGUAUCAAUUGAUAUGAGGAGAUUUAAAUCGAUGUUGACCGUGGCACUUUUACUGGUAUUUCUGUCGUGCGGUAUAUUGGCGUGGCGGCGGAGAAACAGGAAUAAAGAUGAGCCCCCACCGCUCCCGGGCGCUUUGCCACUGAUUGGACACCUUCACCUUUUACUUGGAAACAGUUCACAAUUAUGGAAUUUGGCGAAAAAGACGUGCUAUGAUACCUUGAACGCCGGUGGAGUUAUAUCUGUCUAUAUUGGACCCAGAACAGCAUAUAUGGUAACAGACCCAGAAGAUUGUUUAACUGUCGCCAACACAUGUUUGCAAAAGGACAGCUUUUACGAAUUUGGGAAACCCUGGUUUGGUGAAGGAUUAAUUACUGCUGACGUGCAAAUAUGGAAAGUACAUCGGAAGCUUCUGAAUCCAGCAUUCAAUCAGUCUAUUCUUGAUGGAUUUAUAGACGUUAUCAACAGACAAGCUCGUCGUCUGGUCAAGAACCUAGAAGUGGAAGUUGACAAGGGCCCGUUCGAUCAUUCUGCCUAUAUUCUGCUCAAUGUCCUGGAAACCACAUGCCUAACUGUUAUGGCAGUGGACUUCAGUGACAAAUGCUUGCUGAACAGCGAAUACGUACAUGCUGCGCGGAGCAUGUACAAAUGCGUAACAGAGAGGUUUCAGAAGCCCUGGCUGCACAGUGACGUGGUGUACAACUGGUCCUCCUUGAAGAGAGAGCAGGAUGAAAGUAUAAAGAUCAUGCAGAAUAUGUCAAAUACUGUCCUUAAAACGAGACAAGCACAAUACUUCAAGUAUAAAAAGCAGGCAAAGAUCGAAGAAACAGCAAAAGGUCCGAAAUUCAGACCCUUCAUAGACUUUCUCCUUGAACUAGCGAUAGAAAAAGGUGCAUUUAGCGACCGGCAGAUUAAAGAUCACGUUGAUACCUUAUUGCUCAGUGGUUAUGAUACAACAGCGAGUGCACUUAUGUACACCAUGCUGUUGGUUGGAUCAUAUCCUGAUGUUCAGGAGAAAAUUUUUGACGAGUUGCACGAUGUUUUCGGUGACGACGACAGGGACGUCACGAAGCAAGAUCUGUCACAACUGGUGUACCUGGAGGCUGUGUUGAAGGAAACCGUACGCAUGUACCCCCUCGCACCUAUCAUGGCGAGAAAACUCGAUCAAGACAUAAAACUACGAAAUUACACUCUUUCAAAUGGUCGAACGUGUAUGUUGUCGGCCUAUGGACUCCAUCGACACCCCAUGUGGGGUCCAGAUUGUGAGGAAUUCAAGCCAGAACGCUGGCUGAACUUUGAAACUUUGCCUCAAUGUCCCACUGCGUUUUCUGGAUUCGGUAUGGGAAGGAGACUCUGUAUAGGAAAAACUUACGCUAUGAUGUCAAUGAAGACCACCCUGGCUCACGUGUUCCGACGCUACAGGGUGUUCGGAAAUCACUUGUUAAUGACAAUGAAGAUAGACGUCCUGCUAAGGCCAGUAUCGGGACACCAUGUAGCUAUUGAAAUGAGGAAAAAUAAAACGUAAUUACAAAAUAAUAACCUGAUGGAACUUUUUAUUUUUAAGUAAUGCUACUUGCAUUCCAAACGAAUAAAUUUUCUUUUUGUGAAUAAUUACUUUAUCAGCUACCCAGUCUAACUGUUAUGUCAUAAAUAUCUAGGGACAUUGGACUAAGAGUCAGUGCGUUCCAGAUCUUUGUUAUUUUAUAAAAAGUUUAUCUGCGUUUUGCCACCAACUCAGGGAGGAACGAUGUGCGACUAUGAAGUUUGAAACAUGGUAGUUUUGGGAGAUAACAGGUAAUAAAUGUGAAAAAAAUCUUACGUCAAAGUAUAAAGUCUAAUUUUUUUUUAUAUUUUAGUCGGAAGAGUAUUAAAAAU